AGUACAUACCUCUCAUGCUGUGCCGGAGGAGUAAGAGAAAUGAACAAAAUACUGCUCAUUUUCGCUUGUUUGUCUAUUCAUUCAUCAAUGUAUACUUAGCAUCUGUUUUUAACUUUAAGUCUCUUCAGCUAGAAGAAGAAUUUUUAAUGUUAAAAUUUAAAUUAUGAAGCAUAUAAUUGGCCCAGAAACUUAAAAGAAAAUACAUAAAUUAUGCUAAGGAAUUUCAGCCGGUUUGCCUUGCGCGGACAAGGACAAAGAAAUGUUCGUCUAUUCGGUGCGUUAAAUAAUGUGCCAGCAGGUCAGCCGACUUCUUUUACUCACCCACACCUUUUAAAAGAGGGCGAGAUUCUUCCGGGAAUGCGAAAGUGUGAAUUUCAACGUCGCAGGUCGCAUUUGCUCGAGGAAAUUCAUAAACAAUCGGACGAAAAGGAGGCUCCUGUAUUAGCGAUCUUCCCAUCCGCACCAGAGCAAUUCCUGUCCGAGAAAAUUCCUCGUCCUUACCGUCAAACCUCAGACCUGUUGUAUCUGAGCGGCUGCCAGGAACCAGGUUCUGCUUUGCUCAUCAGGGCAGACCGUGCAGCCAGCGAGACAGUCCUGUUUGUUCGAGGCGCCGAUCCUGCCAAAGAGUUGUGGGACGGACCUCGAUUUGGCGCUUCCAAAAACACAGCUGACCUUUUUGGUGUCGAUCAAGUACUUCCGGCUGCAGAAUUGAACAGAUACCUUGAAGGUUCUGUGAAGGACAGACAACAGACCCCUGCUGUGUGGUAUGAAAAGAAUGAGUCUCCUUCGCCGAUUGGUUCCUUGCGUUCAGCGGCUGACAAAUUUGUAGAAAAACAGUCAUCCAGUCUGCAACUGAAGUCAACGCGCCCUUUACUUCAUAAUUUGCGGGUGAUCAAGUCGUCUUCGGAAAUCGAACUCAUGCGCCAGGCAGCCCAAAUCGGCGGCCGUGCCAUUGCCAAAACUAUUUCCCUGGAAAACGUAGUUAACCGGCAGGGUGCUGAUUUUGUUGAGGAGAGUAGUAUUGCGGCUCGAGUUGAAUUCGAGUGUCUCAGGAGAGGCGCCCAACAACUUGGCUACCCUCCAGUAGUGGCGACAGGCACACGGACAAACACAAUCCACUAUAUUUCGAAUAACAAUAGAGGUCGGAGUGGAGAUUUGGCACUCAUGGACGCGGGGUGUGAGUUCUUUGGGUAUAACAGUGAUAUCACCCGGACGUGGCCCCUGAACGGCCGCUUUUCUGGACCUCAGCUGGCCGCCUACGAAGCUGUCCUUGAUGUUCAGCAGCGACUGAUCGAAUUGCUGAAGACGAAUAGACCAACUUUGAAUCAAUUAUUUGCUGAAAUGUGCCGGCUGUUGGGUGCCAACUUGAAAGACCUCUGUCUUUUGCCGCCCACGUCAAGCGGACAAGAACUCAUGGCAGGUGCUCACUCUUACUGCCCUCACCAUGUGAGUCACUUCCUUGGCAUGGACAUUCAUGAUACUCCCUCCGUCUCACACAGCAUCCCUGUUCAACCAGGCAUGAUUAUCACCGUUGAACCAGGAUUGUACAUACGACCUGAAAACAAAAGCUCACCAGAGGAAUUUAGAGGCAUUGGUAUUAGAAUUGAAGAUGAUGUUUUGAUAACUGAGACUGGUUGUGAGGUACUUUCAAGUGAAUGCCCAAAAACACCGGCAUCUUUGGAAAAACUUAUGUCACCGUCACCAACAUCGUGAUCAACUGACUGAACCGUGAUAAUUUAUGAAAUUGUGUCAAAACUCACAAGUCGAGUCUUCGUACAAUAAGACAAUUCUAGUGCCUUGACGCAUUUUUGUUCUGAUUAAAACUUUUAUGUUUUUUCGCCAUCA